AUGCAUCGCCCACUCCAGGUUGAACGCCUGAAUCUAGUUGUCUUGGGAGAUCAGACGAACAAUGUAUCCGCGUUGCUCAAGAAACUAUUGCUCAGCGCGCCCCAUAGUGUCGCCCAGAGUGAGUUUAUUCGCGACGCAAGCGCGGCGCUGAGAGCUCAAUCUGAUCGACUUCGACCCUUUCAACGAGAACACCUCCCUGGCUUCAAAAGCAUCCAUGAUUUAGCUAGGAUCUACGAGAAGAGCAAUGGAGUAUGUCAUCCGUCAAUCAGCAGUGCGCUGUUAUGCGUUACUCAGCUGCUGCAAAUCUUUCGAUACUUCGAGGGAAGAGGUCGUCGACCAGAAAAUAAUGAGCACAUCGCAGUAGUCGGGUUGUGCACCGGAUCGCUUGUUGCAGCGGCCUACGCUACAUCAGCCUCACUGGAUGACCUGAAGCUCUUAGCAGUGCCGACGGUCUCGAUGGCGUUCCAAAUGGGUCUGCAAGCAGCGACGGCAAGCAGCAUGCUACACGAGCAGGGGAACUCUUUGGGCAGCUGGUCCAUCGCCAUUCCUAAAAUGACCGAAGAUGAGGCACUGUCGGCUCUGAAAAUAUACGACGCUGGAGGGCAUCUAUCACUCCGCCACCGCUGUUUUGUGAGCGCGGUUGGGCUCAAGAGUGUAACCAUCAGCGGUUCGCCCCCGGCUUUAAGUCGCUUCGCAGAGAGCUUAACGGCGUCGCAGCCAUCCAGGAAGAUCAUCUGGCUGCCGAUUUUCGCAGGAUACCACGCCUCCCAUAUCCAUACGGUGCUGGAUUUUCCUAGUUUCUUGUCUCGAUGCGGCAUCGACGCCGAUCUUUUAUCCAGCUUCAAGUCAAUCAAGACUCUUCUCUCCCCUCUGACAGGUGAGCCUGUGGACUCCAAUAGCGCUUUGGAUCUGUUCAAAACAGUUGUCCAUCACACACUGCAGGCACCGCUACGGCUAGAUUUAAUUGUCGACCGGUGUGCAUCCCUGAUCCGGGAAAACACAAUAGCCUCCGUCAGAAUUGAAGCUGUCGGUCCAACUCCUGUGGCGGAUAGUCUGGCAGCAGCGCUGCGUAAUCGCACAUCGGCGAAUAUCUCCACGCGGGAGUUAGUUGUCUUAGAACCUGGUGUCGACCAGUAUAAACCGUCUGCCGCCUUCAGUCAGGCUCCUUUGGCCAUUGUGGGCAUGUCUGGCCGGUUUCCAGGUGCCGAGAGCGCUGAAGCUCUCUGGAGCCUGCUGGAAUCGGGUCUGGAUCUACACCGAGUGAUUCCAAAGGAUCGGUUCGACGUCGAGAAACAUGUCGACCCUACCGGUAAAGCCAAGAACACCAGCUGGACUCCGUACGGCUGCUUCAUCGAUCGACCGGGAGAGUUCGACCCGAGAUUCUUCAACAUGUCACCACGCGAAGCGCUUCAGACGGAUCCGAUGCAGCGUCUGGCCCUUGUUACUGCUUACGAGGCCCUGGAAAUGUCCGGGUUUGUCCCUGAUCGUACCCGCUCUACGGCUCUCAGCCGCGUUGGGACCUUUUACGGCCAAACAAGCGACGAUUACAGAGAUGUGAAUGCGGCCCAAGACAUUGGAACAUAUUUCAUCACCGGAGGAAUACGUGCUUUUGGCCCGGGUCGAAUCAAUUAUUUCUUUAAAUUCGGUGGCCCGAGCUAUAGCGUCGACACGGCCUGUUCAUCAAGCCUUGCUGCCAUCCAGUUGGCUUGCACAGCGUUGCGCAAUGGUGAAUGCGAUACUGCUGUCGCAGGGGGCCUCAGUGUGCUAACCUCGCCCGACUUGUUUUCUGGACUAAGCCGUGGCCAGUUCCUCUCUAAGACAGGAUCAUGCAAGACAUUCGACGACGGAGCCGAUGGAUACUGCCGUGCUGACGGCAUCGGUAGCGUAGUGAUAAAGAGGCUAACAGAUGCAGAAUUAGAUCGGGAUAACGUCCUAGCAGUCAUCUUGGGGGCGGGAACAAAUCACUCAGCGAAUGCGAUCAGCAUCACGCACCCUCACGCGGAAACGCAGUCCAAUUUAUACCGCCAGGUCCUCGGUCAGUCAGGCGUUGAUCCAUUAGACGUCGGAUAUGUCGAAAUGCACGGAACAGGCACGCAGGCGGGAGAUGGCACAGAGAUGCGCUCCGUUGUGGAUGUCUUUGGACCCGAGCGCCCAAGUCGAGCUGACGACAAUCCUCUGUAUGUUGGUGCAGUCAAGGCGAAUAUUGGUCAUGGUGAAGCUUCGUCCGGUGUGGCAUCCUUGAUCAAAGCCAUUCUGAUCUUCAAACACUCUGCUAUCCCUCCUCACAUCGGUAUCAAAAACGCCAUCAACCGCGGAUUCCCCGAUCUGAACGCGCGAAAUGUUCGAAUUCCGUUGAAGAUGACGCCAUUUCAGGGUAAACCGGGGAAGAAGAGGAGCAUUCUUGUGAACAAUUUUAGCGCAGCUGGUGGCAACACGGCCCUCUUGAUCCAAGAGGCGCCCACUCCAGUUGUCCAGCACGGCAUCGAACCUCGACCACUCCAUCCAGUCACAGUCUCAGGGCACACGAAAGCAGCGCUGUCCAAUAACCUAGACAAACUGAUUGCAUAUCUGUCUGCAAACCCGAACACAUCGCCAGUGGACCUCUCCUACACGACUACUGCCCGUCGCAGGCAUCAUGGUUUUCGGGUUAGUGUCGCGGAGAGCUCCACACAGCAAUUGCGCGUUGCUCUAGAGCAGAAGAAACACUCAGUUAUACCCAGCCUCAGCACACCACCGGUCCCAAGACCAGUUGUUUUCGUUUUCACUGGGCAAGGUGCCGCAUACCCGGCCCUUGCUCGUGAGUUAUACACUAUGUCGUCUCAGUUCAGGGCGGAUAUCGACCAUUUCGAUGGCAUUGCUCGCCAGCAAGGAUUCCCUUCGUUUCUAUCCAUCAUUGAUGGCACCACGGUUGACCUAGACUUGCUUUCUCCCAUACAGACACAAAUCGGUCUAGUUUGCAUCCAAGUAGCCUUGGCUCGUCUGUGGAAUUCUCUAGGUAUCAAACCAGACGCAGUAGUGGGCCAUAGCUUGGGAGAAUAUGCAGCCCUCCAAGUUAGCGGAGUGCUGUCCAUAAGUGAUACUAUCUACCUGGUGGGAUACAGAGCUCGCUUGUUGGAGAGCAAGUGUGAGAUGCAUUCACAUGCCAUGCUUGCAGUGGCAGACUCGACUUCCGUUCUUCAGGUCGUUCCGGCCGAGGUUUCCUCACGAGUGGAAAUCGCCUGUGUCAAUAGCCCUCGUGAAACUGUCUUCUCGGGCGAAAAGGCUGCCAUCGAUGAGUUAGAGGCAUACUUGACUGCAAAGAAUAUCCGGUCAACCAAACUCCAAGUGCCCUACGCCUUUCAUUCUGCACAGGUUGAUCCAAUUUUGCAUGAUCUUGAAGAGGUUGCCAAAGUUGUGAAUAUGGGAACACCACACUGCCCCUUCAUUAGCUCCCUAAAGGGCCGGGUUUUGGGUCCUGGGGAACAUAUCGAUGCCCAGUAUCUGCGACAGCACUGUCGCCAGGCGGUCCAAUUUUCAAGUGCAGUGCGCAAUGCCAGAGAAGUUGGGCUGGUUCAAGAGUCAACCAUUUUCAUUGAGAUUGGUCCUCAUCCAAUCUGCUCGGGGAUGGUACGAUCCAAUCUAGGAGAUUCAACGCAGACACUCCCUACAUUGAGACGUAAGGAGAAUCCAUGGAAAGUCAUUGUUGGAAGUCUCACUUCGCUCCAUGAUAUGGGUUUCAGCAUUAACUGGUCCGAGUACCAUCGGGAUAUCGAAGGGGCUUGUCGCCUGCUGACCCUCCCGGCUUAUUCCUUCGAAAAUAAGAACUACUGGGUUGAAUACCGAAAUGAUUGGACACUGCGCAAAGGCGACCCGUGGCUGGCUGUCAGCAACGGCGACGAGGACAAGCCAGUGCCGAAGCUGUCAAGCUCUGUUCAUCGCGUUGUGGAAGAGAACUACAAAGGAGCCAACGCGAUCGCCGUGUUUGAAACGGAUCUGUCAGCCCCCGAAAUCCAUGCCGCUAUCAGUGGCCAUCGCGUCAACGGUUCGGCUCUUUGCCCUUCUUCCAUGUACGCUGAUGUGGCUUUGACCGUUGCCCGGCACAUACAACAGAAGCCGGAAUCUGGAUUCUCCUCGUCCGGGCACAAUAUCACUGCGAUGGAGGUCCAACAGCCGCUGAUCGUCAAAUCCUCGAGAGAAGAAGAAACCAGGGUGUUGCGCAUAUACGCGCGUGUCGAUCGACACUCGCAAAUCAUCAAGGUUGAGUACGUCUCAGCAUCUCCUGGCCAAAAAGCGGAAACGAAACACGCGACCUGCUGCAUCGAAUUUGGAUCUCCUGAGAAGUGGCUGAGGCGUUGGUCACACGAUCUAUAUCUGAUCCAAGACCGCGUUGCCGCGUUACAGAAGCUCACGGACUCCGGAGAGGUCAGCAAGAUGACGAGUCGCCUGGCGUACCGACUUUUUGCGAGUUUGGUGGACUAUGCGCCCCAGUACCAGCGGAUGGACCAGGUCCUGCUUGCGAGCAACCUGUUCGAGGCCACAGCAACAGUAAAGCUAGAUGAUCGCGGCGACGAUGCGACUUUCGUCUACAGCCCCUAUUGGAUUGACGCUUUGCUACAUCUCUCCGGCUUCGUCAUGAAUGGAAAUGACACUCUUAACUACAAUGAAGCGGUCUAUAUCUCCCAUGGGUGGGAGAGUCUGCGAUUUGCCAAGCCUUUGAAUCCGAAAGGCCAUUACCAGGCAUAUGUGAGGAUGCUUCCCAGGGAUAAGACAAUGGUCGGAGGAAAUGUGUGGAUCCUCUGCGAUGGAGAGGUCGUUGGUCUGGCAGAAGAUCUCCGUUUCCAGCGAGUUCCCCGCACAGUCCUAGACAUGCUUCUACCUCCAGUUGGCAUCAAAAGGACGGCAGAGAGGCAAUUACCCAAAGCUGUUCCACACAAGCCUCUACCAAAGAGACCAGUCCCGUCUUCAGAGACUCAGUUGGCCGCCGUAUCCUUGCGACCAGGUACUUCCCUCGAUAUCAUUUCUGCCGAGCUCGGACUGGAAGUUUCAGACAUUUCUCCGCAUGAUCGACUAUCCGAUUUGGGUGUCGAUUCUUUGAUGUCGCUGACCUUGGCCAGCAAUCUUACCGAACAACUUGCCAUUACGAUUCCCCACAGCGAAUUGAUGGACUGCACUACAAUUAGUGAGCUCCUGGCCAUGCUGGACCAGAAGCAGGGUGGAACCACCAGUCCCCUGACCAACUCUUCAGUGGAGAGUAGCCAAGACAGUGGCAGCUCUUAUGAGGCUUCAGACUCUUCGCAGUCGUCCGCGAUGGUGGAGACUUUCACUCCUGAUAGUGCCAUUUCAGAUACUGCAGAGUUAGUGAGGUCCAUCAUUGCGGAUGAAACCGGCAUCCCCACAGAAGAUCUUGAAUCAUCUGCCGAUCUAAGCGCACUUGGGGUUGAUUCCUUGAUGAGUCUUGCAAUCCUUGCAAGACUCCAAGAGGUAGGAGUUGAGCUGCCAACGAACUUCUUUCUAGAGAACAAUACAAUGAAUGAAGUGUUCAGAGCUCUACCCAGGGCAUCGGGGUUCGUAACGCCGCAGUUGCAGGGCAUUGAGAAAGUCGAAAAAGGAGACCAGAAACUGCCCGCCUCUAAUCACAACCAGGCGGAUAUGAGCUUCCGGGCCAGAGUGGUCCUCCUUCAAAAGCGCUCCAAUCCCACGAGUACUGGCAACAUUUUCCUCUUUCCUGACGGCUCAGGGUCCCCAUUCUCGUAUGCGGCGUUGGGGCCCAUCAGCCCAGACUUUGACGUGUACGGACUCGUUUGCCCAUUUAUCGACUCCCCCGAUGACUAUACUGGCGGCAUCGAAGCAACAGUGAAAAUCUAUCUCUCGGCCAUUAGAGACCAACAACCUCAUGGGCCGUACCAUUUCGGAGGGUGGUCUGUCGGUGGCGUCUUGGCAUAUGAAGCAUCAAGGCAGUUGAUUGAGGCCAAGCAGAAGGUUCAGUCACUGAUCCUGAUUGAUGCCCCUUGCCCGGCCGUCCUCCCUCCGAUGAGUUCCUCUCUGAUCGAUUACUUGGCCUCAAAAGGAGUCUUCGGCCAAUCCCAUGGUACCUUCGCGCCAAAAGCUGGAGAGAAGCGGCAAAGUCUCCUGAAGCACUUCGAUUCGACGGUUGCCAAUCUGGCAUUGUACAAGCCGAGGCCGAUCAUUCCACUCGUAGACACGCUAGAAACUUUGAUCAUUUGGGCCCGAGAGGGGGUCAGCGGUGAUUCCAACGUUUCGCAGUCGUCAAAUUCAACGGAGUCCUGGAUAUUGGAUAAUAGAAGUGAUUUCGGCCCUCACGGUUGGGAGACUGUACUACCAGCGCAGCACAUUUCCACAGUCCCUGUUUCUGGAAACCAUUUUACAAUGAUGGCUGGUCAGAAUGCGGUGGCCGUGUCCAGCCAUUUACAGAAACAUUUCGCGGGUUUCGCAUAG